UCGUAUCGAUCUCAGCGAGUAUCUAUCGGAUCGAUAGGAAAGGAUAGAAGAAGGAAAAAGCUGGUGAAAAGGAAGUGGUGGUGGACGAAGAGGAAAUAGAGAGAAGUGGUCGACCGAUAUAUUAUCCGAAGAAGGGAAAGAAGAAGAGGAGGAGGAGGAGGAGGAGGAGAAGGUGGUGGUGUUGUCGCGUGUCCGAGCACGGGAGAGCGAGUGCGCGGCCACCCGAACUAGAUGUGCGUAAAUGGAAGGUAUAGGGGACAUAGCCGAUCAUCAAUCGCGUAGCGAGCAAUUACUGGACUCGGUCGAUUCCCCGGCCGCCGUUUCUACGCAUGGCCGGGGAACACACGGUGGGGGUGGCUCGAAUGGGAACUGUGGCGGCGCAGGUGGAGGAGGAGGAAGUGGUAGAGGAACGGUGGUCGGUGGGGGUGGUAGUAGUAGUAGUGGUAGUAGUGGUAGUAGUGGUAGGCAUCACCAUCAUCACCACCACCAUCAUCAUCACCACCAUCAUCACCAACAUCAACAGCUGCAACAACAACAACAACACCAACAACACCAACAACACCAACACCAACAACAACAAACGAGUCAUCAUCUUCAUCCACAGCAACAACAGCAGCAGCAACAGCAGCAGCAGCAGCAGCAGCAGCAUCAUCAUCAUCAUCGGCAUCGGCAACAGGAAGGAGAGGGAACGGUGGGGGCGGGAGGAGGCAGACACAUCGUGGUCGUGGGCGGUAGUGGUAGUGGUGGUGGCGGAGGUGGAGGUGGUAGCGCAGAGGGUAUGUCGUCUUCCGCGUCGCAAAGUCCCGACAUCGCGUGCGCGAGCUUGCCGCUGGAACUACUGGCGGCUGGCGCGCUCGGCGUCAAGGAGGAGCGAGAGCUCGCCGCCGCGGAGGAUCUGUCGUCGUCCCAGGAGCCGACGGGAGGCAGUAGCGGUGGCAGCGGUAACGGAGGCGGUAGCAACGGGAACAGCAACAGCAGCAUCGGUAGCGGUAGCAGCGGCGGUGGUGGUGGUUGUGGCGGUGGUGGUGGUGGUGGUGGUGGUAGUGUCGGUGGUGGUGGUGGCGUUGGCAGCGGCGGCGGUGGCGGCGGCGGUGGCGGUGGCGGUAGUAGUGGUGGUGGUGGCAGUGGUGGUGGUGGCGGCGGCGGCGGUGGUGGUAGCAGCGGUGGCAGCAGCAGCAGCAGCAGCACCAGCAGCACUAGCAGCAGCAGCAGCAGUGGCGGCAGCGGCGGAGGUGCCGUCGGUGGCGCCGGUGGUGGCAACGGAAACGGCGGCGGCGGUGGUGGCGGUGGCGGUGGUGGCGGCGGUGGCGGUGGUGGAGGUGGUGCCGGUGGUGGUAGUAGACAGAACGCGAGGGAGUCCCUGUCGGUGAUCGUGCCACCUCAGGACGUGGACGUGGACUCGCGCGACGCCGACUCGGAGCUCCUCAGUCCGGGCAAGCUAACGCCGACGUCGGGGAUAAGCGUCUCGGUCGCGAGUAUGAUCGACGCGACGGACUUCAGGGCGAUGCAGCCGGAGCCUACCUAUCAGACGCUGACCUCGGUCGCGGAGAGGAUGUCGCCGCCCGGGUUCAGCCCGGGCUCGUCUUACGCGACCCUGACGCCGUUACAGCCGUUACCGCCGAUCUCCACGAUGAGCGACAAGUUUGUGUACAGUGCACACGCGGCGGGCGGCGUGACCGGUAGUUUCGCGGUCAUGCAGAACAACGGCCUCGGGAACAUCGGCCUCGGUAUGGGUGGCUCGCCGUACGCGUACGACAAAUUGCCGACGAUGAGCAUGUCGCCGCCGCACAAUUAUCCUUCGCCGGGCGCCGGCCUUCAACCGAGCCCAUUGUCGCCCCAGAGCGCCUACAGCCAGAGCGGAUUGAACUCGCCGCACAAAUCCGCCAGCCCUCACUACGAUCCGGCCUUUUUGCCGAGGUUGCAGCAGAGCCCGGCGGCGUUGAGCCCAUCCUCGCCGCCGGCCGUCUCGGCGACGGCAAGUUUCGCGCCUUCUCAUCAUUCCCCGCCCACGCAUUCGGUGCCCGCUGCCUCGCCACCACCUAUGCAGACCCAGUUGCAGCAGCAGCAGCAGCAGCAACAGCAGCAACAGCAGCAGCAGCAGCAACAGCAACAGCAACAACAACAAUCGAUCCAACAGCAACAGACGAUAUCGCACACGCAGCACGUGCAACACACGUCGGUCGUGAUGAAGACCGUGUCGUCGGCCGGGAACGGGGCCGGCGAGGUCGAGGAGAUCAACACCAAGGAGUUGGCGCAGAGGAUCAGCGCCGAGUUGAAGAGGUACAGCAUACCCCAGGCGAUAUUCGCCCAAAGGGUUUUGUGCCGUAGCCAGGGCACGCUCAGCGAUCUGCUACGCAACCCGAAACCUUGGUCCAAGCUCAAGAGCGGCCGCGAAACCUUCCGACGGAUGUGGAAGUGGCUACAGGAGCCCGAGUUUCAAAGAAUGUCGGCUUUGCGGCUAGCAGCCCUGAGCAACUGCUCUGCCGAGAGCGGAGGCGAGCCGGAAGCCAUGCUGGAUAUCCACCACCCAGGAACCGGUCUCGAGUCUCAUCACCAACAGUUUCACAACUCAUAUGCUGCACAGAUUCCACAACGCGGAGCAUGCAAGAGGAAAGACGAGAUGGCGAACCAGGCAGAACACCAACAGCCCGCCCCCAAGAAACCGCGCCUGGUUUUCACAGACCUUCAGCGCCGUACUCUACAGGCUAUUUUUAAAGAGACGAAGAGGCCGUCGAAAGAGAUGCAGGUGACAAUCGCUAGGCAGCUGGGCCUGGAGCCGACCACGGUCGGCAACUUCUUCAUGAACGCUCGACGCCGCUCCAUGGACAAGUGGAAGGACGAGGAUCCGAAGACCGUCGCGGUCGAGGAGGGGCAGCUAUCGCCCACGAUAGGUAUCGGGCAACGGCAACCAAGCGACGUUUUGUGACACACGUCCGACCACGAGGAGUACCACGACGAGUCGCCCGAGGAAGACCUCCCCUUCUCGUAAGGGGGUCGCGGAUUUCGCGCGCGACGCGGCGAUUAUCACCACUCGAGACGCUCGACUGCUGACCUGGAACGUCAGUUUUCGGCCAUAUUCCCAGUUUCCACUCGUCGCCCCCCGUCGUCGUGGGAUCGUGGGCGCGCGGGGCCCCUCCCCCUCCCCCUCCCCCCCAAAAAAUAAACAGACAGAGAGAGAGAGAAAAAGAAACGGAGAAAGGGCAA